GCCAUCUCUAUAUCCCCCCAUCUUCAUCGCCAUCAUCAUCGCCGUCUCUAUACCUCUUUAUACGAACGUGGUUCGCCUGUCGCUAUCGCUAUAUUUUCCCAUCGCGCAACAUCAAUUACGAACAUACAAGCAUAGUUUCUCCGACAAAAUCGGUCCUAUAUCGCGUUGUGUUGUUUCCUACAGUAUAUACUGUUUAGAACAGCCCUGGCGGUGGUUAUGUCCUUCGGCACCUACUGUUUAGAACAACCCUGGCAGUGGUUACGUCCUUCAGCAUCUGCUGUUUAGAACAACUCUGGCGGUGGUUACGUCCUUCAGUACUUGCUGUUUAGAACAACCCUGGCAGUGGUUACGUCCUUCAGUAUCUACUGCUUAGAACAAUUCCAACACAAUUUAAUUUUAUAUAGUAGCCAUUAUUGAUCACUUCUGCGCCUCAUUUUGUCCGAAGAGUCAAGGCUGCUCUAUAGCCUGGGUGGGUGGGAAUCACACGUAGAGUGUGGGCUAGCAUUCUUUUAAUGUAAUCAGUCUUCACUAUGUUUUAUUGCUAAUUUUAGUUCUAGAGGUCAAUAAUGUCGGUCCCGAUUGAGAAGCUUCAGCUAGAAAAGAUCCUUGAGGAGAGAGUAUUUUUAAAAUGGGUAGAUCAAUCAGGUACAACUGUGACGCUAGGUUCUUGUUUGUAUGGUAACAAGCAGAAUCCAAAGUUUUUUAUGGCUGCAUACCUUGACACAGAAGGACAUGUUCAUAUUCACUUUAAGCUCCAGAUCUCUAUCAAGCUCGCUGGCAAGAAGCAACAAAUGGAUAUGUUGUUGGUUGUUCCUCCAGACGCCGACUUCGCAAGUGCCUCUACACCUCGUCCGAUAUCAAGCAUUGAUGAUUUAUCACACGACGCCUCUGCAAUUCACGAAGCUGGUUUAACCGAUUCACAACAUGUCUUUCUCAUACAAUUUAAUCUGACUGCUAAGGGAUUUGUCGUUAUGAAGAAGAAGACUGCCCCGAUCAUUAGGCCCAGCACUACGACUGCAGAGAAGUUGGUUCGUAGCUUUGAAUCUCUGUCUAAUACAACCACCUUUGGCGUAUACAUCAGACCAAGCACUUACGCGAAAGUGAAUUUGGAAAAGCUUCGCACGCACCUAGUCAACGCUUGUGCUACCAUCGAUACAUGUAAAACCAACAUAAAGGAAAUGUACAUUCAGCAGGGGGCUAUCUUAGUAGAAUGGAAUAAAUUCUUAUCUGAGGAGCAACAACAUGUACUACCGCCACCAUAUACUUUAGAGUCUCCGGAAGUGCAGGUUCCUCGGUCACCACCAAUAACUUUCGAGAAGGAAGCACCAUCGAUCAAUAUUAUCGAAAAGGCUAUUGCCGAAACACCGACUCGCACUCCAGUCAGCCCGGACCUUCCGCCGGUGCUGCAUGGCAUUUUUUCUCCUAGCAUCGAAGACUCGUUGAAUGACAGAGUGAGCUCGUAUGAUAUCGAAAAGGACUUGAGAUCUGUGGAAGACGAUUCGAGGUAUAUCGAAAUGGACUUCGAAGUGGAUUCGGAUGAGGAACGUCUCGCUAACUUCAAUUCUCGAGAAUUAAGUCAGCAAUUUAAUCAAGAUUUAGAAGUUUCGAAGAUACUUGAGUCAAAGUUUGUGGAAUGGAUACAAGCAGCCAUGCAAAUAAAUUCGAAUGUAUACGCACACAAACGUUUGACUACCAAGUUGUCAAUUCUAGGUAACUGUGUCCGUACGUCUAAUACUGGUGUAUUCGACGCUACUAUACCCUGGUGCUCUGCGCUGUUUUUCUAUGACCCGUUCGAUUCCGACAAUUCUCCUGUGUUAUGGGAGGAGAAGAAUUCAUGGCUAAUUUCAGAUAUGGCCAAACUGAUCAAAUGGGCUAAUGAAGUUCACCAUGGCGCCGAGAUGAAUCCGUUAUUGGUAAAUGAUUUUGUGAAGCUAGGCAAUAUUGCUCGCACUGUUGCUCUACACUCUGGAUACAACAAAGACAAGUACGACCUUCAGAAAAGUGCUUGUGUUGCUCAUGUGUUCAUGGAGUUUAUCAAGCCGGCCACUGAUAUUAGUGGAGAGAACAGCAAACCUCUUUCUCGAAAAAGCCUAGGAACUGGUAGCAAUACAUUUAAGCGAGUAAAAAUAUAACUUCAUAUAAUAUAAGCCUACAAAAAUCGUGUGCAGAAGGGUCGAUGAUGUAAACAGCGAAGAAGCAACAAGACACCUCCAUCUUGAAUAUGUAUGUGUAGGUAGUCUAGAAUACGUAGAGCGCACCUUUUAGAAUGCCAACUUCACUUGUAUGAUUAGGUGGGUGCUGAACAGUAUUGUCAAUAGUAGAGACCGUCCCAAAAAGGUACGGAGCGUAAAGUUGUGCGAUUUCAACAUAUACUAAUAAAGCAUUCCAUGUAUACGAAUGGUUUGGCCAACUGAAUACUUUGCUUAUCUUACAGCUUAGACCAAAUGCUUGUCAAUUCUUCUAGCGAACCCUUUCCAUGAUGUGGAGUACCGGUAUCUAGGUGAACAAUCACAACAACAAUAAUAAUAAUGCAUUCUAUUCACGAUGAACAAAUCUAUUUGAAACAAGGGAAGAAAGGGGAAGACAAGUCUUGGGAUAACCAGCAAUAUUAUACAUAACUAUAGGUAUCAUCUAAACGCGAGGGGUUCACAAAUGAGCAUGAGGAUACGGAAGCGAAAAAACAAAGUACCCAAGAUACGAUACGAUACUAGCAAGAUUAAUACUAAAAUUCUUAUAAUUAGAAAAGGGAUCUAGCUAAUAACAAUAUGAACGGUUCCACUUUUACUACCUGUAACUAGUUGUA